AUGGCCUCGUCCGGAAGCUCGCUCAUCGACGUCAGCUACAAUCUGAAGACACACACGGACCUGUUCUCCGUGGACACCUCCGGUUCCGUUCGUACUCUGGUGGAACUAGACAAGGAGGAAAAGGAGUUCUAUGCCAUCUCUGUGGAGGCCACUGACACCAGGGUUCCCCCUAACACCGCCCUGACUGUGGUGACGGUUCAGGUGGACGAUGUGAAUGAGGUGCCAGUGUUUGACCGUGACCUCUACAGCGCGGAGAUCUUCAGCAUUGCCCCGUUCAAGGACUCUGUCGUCAAAGUCAAGGCCACAGACCCUGAUGUGGGGGAGACACUGAGUUACUCCCUGGUGGAGCCCAGCUCCAUGUUUGCUGUAGAGCCCUCUAGUGGUCAGGUGUAUGUAGUGUCAGUAGCUGGUGAGAGUGGGAAGGUGAGCCUGCAGGUGAAGGUAGAAGACCAGCAGGGACUCUAUGCUACAACAACAGUGGAGGUAACCGUAAAGGAAAGUAAAGAUGACAAUGUUGUGGUCAUCUAUCUUAACCAGCCAAUCAACGUAGUGGAGGAGAAAAGAUCACAGUUGGAGGAGUCGUUGGAGAGAGUCUUGGGCUGGACAGUGACGGUGAUCAGCAUCGCCAAUAGCAACGGCGAGGCUACUGACCGUCGUUCACUCAGCAGUCGCGCAGUCAGGACGUAUGUUGGCUUUGUUGCCAUGGAUGCCAGCGGUACCAUCCAGUCUGCCAAGGAGGUCCAGAGGAAGCUUACAGAUGAGAAGGAGAAGGUUCAGGCUGAGCUGGAGCAGGUGUUUGGCUCUGGGUUGGAGCACGAGGUGGAGAAGAGCACUGGGGGAGCUGAGUCAGGCUCAAUGGUGGCCAUCAUACUCGGGGUCCUGUUGGGACUGACCAUGGUGGCACUUGUAGUUGUUGUGACUGUCUCAGUGAUAAAAUUUAAGAAAAUAAAAAAUGUGGAAGAUACGGAUAAGGAAUCUUUUCAAAUCAAGAGGAUGUCUGAAUCUUCAUUAAGUUCAGCUGAAAAUGAGCCUGCAGAAAAGAAUGAGAGAACCCCACAAAGUCAGGGUAAAGCACUAAAUGACAACAAAGUUGAUGGAGAGGACUCAAAGGACCAUGAAAAUGAAGGGGAAGAGGAAGAGGAAGAUAGUUCAUCUCUUUAAACUCUCAUUUCAUAUAAACAGUCUCUCUAUCUCUCUCUCUCUCUCACACACACACACACGUCACACACACACAUGAAUUGAAUUACUGCCUCCUUGUCGUCUUAUCACAUGAAGAAAUUCCUUGUGCACUGACUGUUGACACUACAAGUUGCUGUUUAUUUACAUGGUAUAUUGGCCUGCAUUUCUAGUGAUUGCCUGAAAGACUGACCUCUAACAUAAAACACAUGCACUGCACAUCUAUCUGGCAUUGACAGAAACAUCUGUCAGUCUAUCUUUUUGUGUUUUAUGCGUAUGUCUCCCUCACUGUUUGUCUGACUGAUUCCAUAUUUGUUGUCAUGGUACGAACCCUAGUUUGAUAUUGUUUGGAUAAGAAAUGCCAAAUGUAUUGUUAAACAUCGUUAAAAGAAGCACACACUUUUGCCACUCCAGCCACUGUGGCCACGUCCCCCUCUCACACAGAAGAGAUCUCACUAGUGCAGCAUUGAAGCAGUGUACACACGGGUAGUCCAGCAGGUGCUGUUUAGAACAGUCUGAUCUCAACGAUAUCACGCGUACUACUGUAUACUACUAUAAUAUUGUGAUAUUCAAUAUAUCUGGAAUAUUUUCCCCUACCAUCCCAUUUUUAAAGCAGGCCCUCCUGCAGACUUUUAAUUGUUUUUUUAUUUAUUUAUUUUUAAUUGGGAGGUUUUCUACAGAAAUAAC